AUGCGUGGAAUUACGAUUGCUGCGUCAGUACUGUGUGUUAGCGCUGCUUCAGCCACUCGUUUUAUUGCACAGGUUAGUGAUAAUGCCGUUAUGAGUGAAAUAAUGGGCCAGCAUUUUGAACAGAUGAGCAACGACAAUGGGCUGGGGGCCAUCAUGAUCGGCAGAACAUUCCAGGCCAUAUACGGUGAUUUUCCCGAGCGCCUUCUGGAAAGCAUGUAUUAUGACGGGCGCAUUAUGGCCAUGUCGAUGGACAGAGUUCUGACUCCCGAGGAGUACAUAGUGCAGGCCCCAGCCCCACCGCAUCUGGCGCGUUUGUCACAAAAGGCUCCCUUGCGCACGGGUGACACUUCGUAUGUUUACCACUCGAAUGCGGGAAUCGGGGUCGAUGUGUAUCUGUUGGAUACCGGAAUUAACGACAGCUAUCCGGGGUUCGAGGGUCGUGUACAAAAAAUUGCAGAUUUUGCCAGUGAGCCGGUUAUAAAGGGCGACCCACACGGGCAUGGUACAGCCGUAGCGGGUGUCAUCGGCUCAUCUUACUUUGGUGUGGCCAAAAAAUGCAACCUAUUUGACGUUAGAGUUGCCGAUUCAGAUGGUCGUGCAAGCUUGAUAGGCACGAUCAGAGCACUUGAACAUGUCACCAAACUAGCUACCAUCACAAACAGGCCCUCCCUUGUAGUGAUUCCAUACUCGAUGGCAAAGAACGUAAUUCUCAAUGCUGCAGUCGAGGCAGUGAUCCGUGACUUAUCGAUUCCCGUUAUUGUCGCUGGCGGAAACUCUAAUCAAAAUGCUUGCAACUUUAGUCCUGCGAGCGCUUACGGUGCGCUCACUAUCGGCUCUGUCGACGUUGCGAACAACGAUGAAGUUGCGCCGUUCACUAACUAUGGUGAAUGCGUCGAUGUUUUUGCAGCGGGUGUCAACAUUUCAACCGUUGGAUGGGAUGGUUCGUUUGAGCUUUUGAAAAGUGGUACGUCCAUGAGUGCCGGUAUUGCCUCAGGACUUGUGGCAUAUUUUAUGAGUGUCGGCUUCUAUGGGAUGGAUUCGGUCAACCGAGUCAAAAUGCUGAGCGCCACCGAAAUCAUUCCCAACAUGACUCUUAAAUGUCCAUCAACCAGAAACGCCCUACUGCAGAAUAUCUAA